AAAAAGAAUUAUAAAUUAUUUUGUUUUUAUAAUUCUUAUAAUUUGAAAUAAAUUCUUAUAAUUUAUUACAUUGGUGGCAAAACUGUAAAGUGAAACAUAUAAGUGAUUAUCAUAACUGGGAUACUUUGGAGGGAGGAAACAAAAGGGAAAUCAUAUCAACAAGAAAGCAUAUGUGGGGAAGGAAUGGAUUGCUGGCAAAUUCUAUUUUUUGACGAAGGUGUGGAAUAUGAGUGUUAAUGUUACAUUCUUUUUUCCUCUUACUGUGUAUUUAGGUUUUAUUUUUUCCCUACAUAUGUUAGGUUCCAGGUUAAUGAAAAUAUUUUAAAAGCAGAAAUAUUAAGUAAAUUAAUGAAUAUAGAAUUAGGCUGAAACAAUAUAUUCUUACACGUACUAUUGUAAUUAGACUUUUGCUGAAUAAAGAAGAAUACAGCAUUACAGUAGUAAGAAAUGAUAAAAUUUUAUACUUUUAAAAAAUUAAUUUAAAAAAGAAAGAUAUAAGCAGGAAGUAUACAUCCACAUUCUUAAUGCUAAUCUUAAUUUGAAGCAUCAGAUUUUGAACAACUAUAUUGCAAUAGACUUUUUUCUUGUUUCCAAUUUAAUUAUUGAUGAUACACAUUUCAAAUUGGCAGCAAUUAGGGAAUUUUUCAUAAAGUACAAAUAAUAAAGUAUGUAGGACUAUAGAUAUUAAGUGUAUAGGACAAUUUUUGCUACAUUUAUCCCUAAAUGAAAUAAUUAUACUCAUGUUGUUACCAUUCAAAGAUCACAAUACUAUGCAUGUGCAUGGCAUAUGUGUUUGGGAAAAUAUUUUGUUACUAUAAAUUUUUUGACUCUGUAUUAGAGAUGAAAACAUAGAAAGAUAACUGUUAAGCUAUGAAACAUAUUUAGUGUAAUCUUUGAGUGUACUUGUGUAUAUGUAAUAUUACUUUGACUGCUAUAACAAAAUAACCCAGAUUUAGUGACAGUAUCUGAGAUUGUAAAUAAGCAGUUGAGAGAAUUUUGCCUGCUAAUGAUACUAUUAAAAGAUAAAAUACAGUUUGUAUGCUAUAUAGUUGUAUAGAGGAUAAGUUCAUAUGAAAGUGCAGUGAAAAUUAAACAGCCCAAAGGAGAAUACUCUUUGUUGUAGGGCACUUUUGUCAUGAUUUUCAGAAUGUGGUAAAAGAAAAAAAAAUAGCCAGUAAAUCAUUGGAAAUACAUUGGUUUUAACUUAUUCUUAAUGAAAUACUGUCUGAGGAUCUUUGUCUGUGCCUGAUGCUGAGAAUAAUGUAAGAAACAAGCUCAUGAGCUCAUUACCCUGAAACGUAGCACUUAGAAAACAUGAUUGAAGUCACAUUUAUAGAAGAGUAUGGCCCCUUUUAGCUGACAUUAUCAUCAUAAUCAAUAUCGUCUACAUCUGUCUCAUUAAAUGAUUUAUUUUUGAAAUGUUUACAUACAUAAUUUGGAUAAUGUCUAAUAAAUUUUUAAAAGAUUGUUAAUAGUGAUGCCAUACAAAAGUAUUGGUUAACAGCAACCAAAUUAUAAGGAGUAUUGGCUUUCCUGUGGUUUCCAAGAAAAUCUUGGGUGAUUUUGAUAAAAAGUUUAGACUCUGUGUAUUUAAAUCUGGCUUUAAAAAUAAAUCCAUAGUGAUUUUGAUUCUAGAUAUCACCAGGCUCUUUUAACAAUCUAAAUAUUUACUGUGUCAUCUAUGUACUGGGUAUUAAAAUUUCCCUAACAACUGAAGGGCUGAACACAAAUUAUGGAAAGGUGAAACAAGGAAAAAAUUGCAAAGCAAUGAAAGAAGAUAUGUCUUUAUUUGAAUGCUAGCAAAUGAGAAUUCAGCUUUCCCUUCAACAUCAGUAUGAAAAAUUUCAGCCUAUAGCAAGAACAGAGACUGUAUGCCUAAGAAUUAAUUUGAGUUGUUUUGGGACUAACAAUAUUUCCCAUAAAGGCAGCAUCGAACUCAUUUAUUAGUUUAAGCUGGUGCUUUUCUGUUGACAUUGUUCACAGAAUUUAAAAGUAUAAAGAAUGUUAUUGAACAUUCAGGAAUCAAGUGCAUAUUUAAUUUAAAGUCUGAAUAUCAGAGGAGUCACAACCAGUGACAUUAGGCCUGAAUUUUUUACUUGCUUUUUUGUUUAGACAUGAUGAGUUUUCUACACAUUGUUUUUUCCAUUCUAGUAGUGGUUGCAUUUAUUCUUGGAAAUUUUGCCAAUGGCUUUAUAGCACUGAUAAAUUUCAUUGCCUGGGUCAAGAGACAAAAGAUCUCCUCAGCUGAUCAAAUUAUUGCUGCUCUGGCGGUCUCCAGAGUUGGUUUGCUCUGGGUAAUAUUAUUACAUUGGUAUUCAACUGUGUUGAAUCCAACUUCAUCUAGUUUAAAAGUAACAAUUUUUAUUUCUAAUGCCUGGGCAGUAACCAAUCAUUUCAGCAUCUGGUUUGCUACUAGCCUCAGCAUAUUUUAUUUGCUCAAGAUCGUCAAUUUCUCCAGACUUAUUUUUCAUUACUUAAAAAGGAAGGCUAAGAGUGUAGUUCUGGUGAUAGUGUUGGGGUCUUUGUUCUUUUUGAUUUGUCACCUUGUGAUGGAAAACACGUAUAUAAAUGUGUGGACAAAAGAAUAUGAAGGAAACAUAACUUGGAAGAUCAAAUUGAGGAAUGCAAUGCACCUUUCCAACUUGACUGUAACCAUGCUAGCAAACUUGAUACCAUUCACUCUGACCCUGAUAUCUUUUCUGCUGUUAAUCUACUCUCUGUGUAAACAUCUGAAGAAGAUGCAGCCCCAUGGCAAAGGAUCUCAAGAUCCCAGCACCAAGAUCCACAUAAAAGCUUUGCAAACUGUGACCUCCUUCCUCAUAUUACUUGUCGUUUACUUUCUGUGUCUAAUCACAUCGUUUUGGAAUUCUAAGAUGCAACCGAAAGAACUUAUCUUAAUGCUUUGCCAAGCUUUUGGAAUCAUAUAUCCAUCAUUCCACUCAUUCAUUCUGAUUUGGGGGAACAAGACGCUAAAGCAGACCUUUCUUUCAGUUUUGUGGCAGGUGACUUGCUGGGCGAAAGGACAGAACCUGUCAGCUCCAUAGAUUCACAAGAGGUGCAUUGUGUGUUUUCUAGCAGAAAACAAAUUGAUGGCGUCUGGAACAUUUUAUAUUUCCCACAAGUUUUUCCGUAGUCUAUGUAUUUGAGUAAUUUCCAAAAGUUGACAUAGAAAAGUCUUUUACCUAAGUUUAUUAUAUAAAAGUAUAUAUAUAUAAAAUAUAUAUAUGCGUGUGUGUGUAGGUCUGAAUGUAUAUGAAAAUUUAAUAUUUACCAUAACAUACCUUUAAUCAAUUUUUCAUAUAAACCGUUCAGUUAUACCAAAGUAGGAUAAGAAAUUUCUCAGAAUUAUGAACCCAUGUGUAUUUCACACAUAUAUUUUAUUAUAUGAUAUUUCAUUUGAGGAAUUUAUGAUCUCUAUUUAUGAUUAAGAACUGACAGCUUAUAUCAGAAAAUCAUUGCUGUUUUUUGUUGUCAUUUGUGUCGUGUAUAUGUAGCAUAGUGUGUUUAACUGUUUGACUAUCCUUGUUUGAACCUCUAAUUUUUUGGAUGGUAAGGACAUUUAAUUCUAAAUCAAUGAUGAGAAUGUGUCUUUGGGGUAAGGGUUUUUUUUUUUUUUAAUCAUGAAUUCUUUUUUUUCUUUUUUUGAGAUGGAGUCUUGCUCUGUUGUCUUGGCUGGAAUGCAGUGGCACAAUCUUGGCUCACCACAACGUUCACCUCUGGGGUUCAAGUGAUUCCCAUGCAUCAGCCUCCUAAGUGGCUGGGACUCCAGGCAUGGGCCACCACGCAUGGCUAAUUUUUUUUUUUUUUUUUUUUUUUUUUAGUAGAGAUGGGGUUUCACCAUGUUGGCCAGGCUGGUCUCGAACUCUUGACCUCAAGUGAUCCACUGCCUCAGCCUCCCAAAGUGCUGGGAUUAUAGACGUUCAUGAUGAAUUCUUAUUUUAUAUUUAGUAUAAAGCAAAUACAAUUAUUGUUAGAUAACAAUGCACAAAAUAAAACUCAAGGGUGAAAAAUAUAUCUAGUGUAUAUUUUUUAUGUGUAUCAAAAGCAAUACUGAGGAAUAUUAUAUUUAAUAUAGUAUGUUAAUAGCUUAGAAAAAAUCAUUUCUAUAAAAAGGAUGAAGAAACAUGAUCAUGAGCUCUUUUCAGUGCUGUUGUAAGUUUCCAUAUGCAAUUAGAAAAGUCAUCUCUUCUAGUUUUUGAAUUAAACAAAAACUUUUUUGAAGUUGAGAUCCGAUGUUAUGUAUUUUAGUUUUUCGUCUAAGCCACCUCUGAGCUCCUGAAUUGUCAAUUUCCUCCUUUAUCUUCCAUCCUUAAAAUUCCUCAAAAAGCUCAAAUUUUCCUUACUUUAAAAAGAAGCUCAAUCUAAAGAGAGUAUAGAAAUUAUGGCAUCUAUGAAAUCUAUAUAUUGAUGAUAGGAAAUGUCUUAAAGAUAUGUUUUAUUAUAAUCUUGGUGUAAAUGAUGAAAUGAGAGAAAGUGUGUUGACAUAUUCACUAGUAGCAAGUUCUAUUACAAGAAGAAAAUGUAUAACCUAGUUCAACAGCUAAAUUCUGUGUGACUGUAUUAAUUUCUGGUGUUACGCAAUUUUAACAGUAUUAUCUAAACCUUAAGAUAAAUCAUCUCCACAUCUGAUUUGUUUGUUUAUCAUAUAUCUUCCCUGGUACAAUGUAAGUACCAUGAAAGUGGAGAUCAUAUAGAUCCUGCUUACUGUAGACUCCCAAGACAUAAAGAUAGCGCACAGACUAGGUAUUGAAAAAUGAUACUUUGAUGAACAAGUUAAUUGGUGAAUGAAUGAAUAUGAACUAUAUUGGGGUGGUGAACCAAUGAAAAUGUAACACAUCACAAAAUCUACAGUUGCGUGAAUAUUUCUGUUCUGGUUUCAGAUUGAAGUUACAGGAUUAUCCAAGAAGAAGAAUUUCUCAGAGCAAAAGUUUGGCUAUUCCACAGUUCUAGGGGAAAUAUCAUUAUA